AUGAGUCGGUACCGAUCUGACAGUUCUGAUGAUACACGUGGACGUCCUACCGCUCGUAGUUCAAGCGACGGAUUGUCUGCUUUUUACAGGGAACGGUUUGGUAGUCACUCACCUGAAGAGUACAUGAAUCUACGGAUCUCUGGUUUUGACGACAAAUUGGAGAGAGACGAAAUCAAGGAAAUACUCACUGCAGAGUUCAGAAAAUUCGCUCCAUUUGAGAUCAAAGUCGUGCGAAACCCAGGCGACGAUGAAAGAUUAGCAUAUGUGAACUUUGAGAGGAGAGAUUGUGCGAGAAAAGUGAGGUACAGCAUUAUGGAUCGGCUAAAGAAAGCACUGGGCAGGCGAGUGCUCUGCGAUCCAGCUGGUAUCCUCCGCGAUCAGGAGGGGAAGUAUAUCCCUGAUAGAUUUAAUCGUGCACUUCAGCAAGAGCGAAAUGGACGACGUUCACCAGAUCGAAGAACUCGGCCAAAAGAACCACCACAAUGGAGGCUCAAAGAGGACGAUGCAGAUGCCACCAGAACCCUUUUCGUUGGGAACAUGCCUUCCGACAUUAGGGAGUAUGAGAUCCGCAAAGUUUUCGAAAGGUACGGGAAAAUUGAGGACAUCGACAUAAAAACUCCUGCAAAUACUGACGCUGCAUAUGCAUUCGUCAUGUUCCAGACCCUGGAGCAAGCAAUGGACGCCAAACAUGGUGAGCAUGAUCGCGCUAUACGACCUGGCACAGUUCGUUGCAAGAUUGGCUACGGGAAGAGUCAAGUUUCUCGUCGUUUGUGGAUUGGUGGCCUCGGCUCGUGGACAAGCGCAGAUGCCCUCGCUAAAGAAUUCGAUCGUUACGGUCCAAUUGAAAACCUUGAGUAUGAGGAUGGAGCUGAAUUCGCAUAUAUACGAUUCACCGACACGAAUGCUGCCACAGAUGCGUGCCGAGCCAUGAAAAAUUUUCCGUUGGGCGGAAGAGAUCGUUGCAUAAUGGUUGACUUUGCCAAAGACGAUACUGGCAAGGAUAAUAAUGGUAGUGGUGUAUUUGGAAGAAAAAGACGAGCAACAAAAUCUCCACCUGGAGGACCACGAACUCCUCCAGGAUCUCCUAAACCCGUAGUCAAAACUUUUGAAGAGUUAGAUGAGGAAUAUGCUACCACAUGGCAGGGACAUGUUUUAUUGAAGAAGACUGAGUACAGCAUUAGGUUGUACAGGAUAGCAGGGACAGAGAGGCUUAUUCAGAAGUUGCUCCGCGAUGAAGACGGUAACGCGGUUAUACUGCACGUAACGCAAAGAUUAGCUCUGACUGGUCAGGAAGGGCUUCUAGAAAGGCUAACAAAUUCAUCCAGCAAACAACUUAGUUUAAUGAUAGCCGUUGGCAAACAAAUGGAUGAUAUAAGGCCUUUAGUGAGAUACCUUACGGAAAAGGACGCUGCGGGCGUAGUUACUGUUGCUGGCGGACUUCUGUACAUUUUCCCCCAUAGCGAGAUGUCGAUUAAGCUGAUGACUCAUUUUGCGCCAACACGGCUCCAUCACCAGAACGUUAAGAUGUUAAUGCAACUAUCGGUCUUGUGGAUGGUGUUCAUGCACUGCUCUCUAGUUUCGAUCACCCGUUGUGGAAAGAAUCAUGUGCUCUACUAG